AAAAAAGAUUGGAGAUGUAGAAACUGACGGUGGAGAAAGGCAUUUAGUGCUGUACGCAGGUGUCCCUCUUCAUUUCGACCUUUAUUAGUGACUUGAAUGAGGCUAUUCAAGUUUGCAGAUACAUAAAGCUCUAAAGGAGAGCUAAGUUCUAAAAGGUUUAAUACAGGUGGGGAAAUGGGUCAAACCCAACAAGGUGAGAUCUGUUAAAGAUCAGUGUAAAGUCCUGCUUUUAUCUAAAACAAAACAACGACAUACAUACAAUUUGGAUAUGACUUUGCAAUGGAUAUUGUCUAAAAGAUCAGGGGUUUCGGUUACCAUCCAGCUUCACGGGAACCAGCAGUUUUGGGGAGGUUGCCUGAAGAGCUUCCAUAGUGCAGCUCCCAGAUGGAGGGAUUUUGGUCACCCUGGAGACUGGGCUAGUUCUUGGUGCUCUGUCUCUGCCCCAGUCCUGACUAGGGGCUGGAGACCACAGAUGGAAGGAAGGGAGCUGACGAUACCCAGUCUGGAGCAGUUGAAGAUGCAUUGCUCCAGAUACAAAGCAGAAGUAGGGUCUGCAAACCACAGGCAGGUAGAGGGGAUGAUGGUUAAAAGUGCAAGCCUUGGAGUCAGAGCUGGCUUCAGAUUCUGGCGCCAGCACUUCUUAGCAUCAACCUCUCAAACUUCAGUUUCCCCAUCUGGAAAAUUGAGAUAACGACUGGACCUACCCCUUCACUGGCCUGAAUGACAUAAGACCCUUAGUGGAGCACUUAGUAAAUGGCAGCUGUAUAUAAGCUGUUAGAAGCUGGGUAUGAGGAAGAACUUCCAACCAUCGGAGUUGUUCAUCAGUGGAGCAAGAUGGCAAAGAGAUUUCCCCUGUCCUUGCAGUUGUGUGCUUGUGAGGUGGAGUGGUCCUGGCCUCUGAGUGCAGUUUGGACUUCUGCUGAGGAAAGAGCUCUUAGGGAGUAGGUGCUUAAGGAGUAGACUGUCUGACAUCCUUGGUCUAGACUUGGACAAGGGCAGCUGCUGUGAAGGCUUGGCUAGAUCCUGGCAUGGGCUGCUGUGUAUGUGCUGGGGGAGGUGGCAAGUAGGGGGAUGCAGCAACACAGGGCCUAUCCACACAUCCUGAAGGACAGGCCUCUGACUGCAGGCAGCACAGUGUCACACUCAACCCACCUUCUCCUCUUCAGAUACCUGUCUCUUGAAUUCUUUGCCAGCUCCCCUCUGCUGGGUGCUGGGUGAGCAGAGGGGCUGCUUGCAAGGCAGUGAGUUCCAGCUGAGCCAGUUAAGAGUGAGUGGCCCCCCUGCAGUGUGGGGCACAGCCGGCUGGGGAGAAGCUCCCAUCUGAGGCUUCAGUCCUUGAGCUCAGAUGGACCCCACUGGGAUGCCAGCUAUCCUAACCGACUCCGUUGUUCCCACUUUCUUAGCAGGGGGAGAGAGAGAGAGAGAGAGGAGAGGGGGAGUGGGGGAGAGAGAGAGAGGAGAGGUGGAGAGGGGAGAGAGAGGAGGGGGAGGGAGAAGAGAGGAGGGGGAAGGGGAAGGGGGUGGGGAAAGAGGGAAGGAGGUGGGAGAGAGAGACCUUUGAUGAUCUGUCCUUUGCAUUCUACUCCUAGCUACUUCCAGAAAGCAUUUGAGGAAGCACCAGUACAGGGAUAAGAGAUGAAGAGACAGGCCAGGUCAGGCUCACCAAGCAGCUUUUUAACAGCGCCCGCUCGGCCUCAGAACCGCCCGGAGAGGAGCCGCCCUGGAUGGACAGAGGGACGAGGGACGAGCAUCUACCCAGUCGUGUCCCGGCUGCCCCGCAGUCGCCUCCAACACCCGCUGCUGCCCGCCCGCUGCCUGCCUGCCUGGCAUCUCUCUUUCCCGGUGGGUCCCCACUCAUCCUUCCACCCCUCAGUUCCUCCUCUUUGAGGAAAGGGCCUCCCCGCUCUCUGCCGUGUCUGUGACUGGCCUGAGACCCCCCUGGGGCAGGAGGGGUGGUUGUGGAGGGAAAGAGCCCAGAGUUAGGAGGUGGAAUGUGGGGUCCCACAGCUGCCCCCUCUCUAACUCCCUGCUUCCUCCUUUGCCCUCCUUGGCCCAGCUGGGCCAGGAUGGGGGUGGGGGUAGCAGUGGGCACGCUCUGUCUUCAGGAAGCCACGCUAGACAGAAGGGGCCACUCCCUCUCUGUCUCCCUUGUCCCCGCACAGACACUGCCUUCCUCUCAGGGCUGUGCUGGGCUUUCUGCUGAGCAGUGUUGGGUGAGGCAGGUGGGCCCAGGGGGGUGGGAAGGGCUGUCAGAUGACCAGUGCUGUGUGUGGGUUGGGGCCCCUGCUGCGAACACAUCCCUGCCCACCAUGCUGGCAACUGGGAUCCCCUCCAUCCCAUCCCAGACCCUGGGAACCCAGUGUUCUCCAGCAGGGGAGGGUGAAAGACCCACACUCAUUCCUGAAGAGCAGGGAGCUUGGAGAGGGGAGGGAUGCUGGCUGAAGACACCUGGGCCUCUGCCCCAGCAGGACAACAGGAGGGCCAGUGUCACCUUCUGCUCCUUUCCCUGCUGGGGGUGGCAGGGGUCCCUUUACCUCAUUCUUGACCCUUCCCCAGGGACCUUGACCCCCUUACCCCACCCCCCAUCAUCUCUCUGUCCUGAAGUGAGGGUUUGUCACCGUCCAUGGCAAGGUGUGGUGCCUGGUGGGCUCUGUAACCUGCCCUCUCUCUGGGUGUUUAUUCCGCAGCAGAGAGGGGCCUGUGGUCUAAGCGUAAUGGUGGAAAUCCAGGCUUCCUUCCAUGGCCCGAGGACGCCUUUCUAGAGCAACAGAGUUUUCCUGGGACUUGGCCUGGCUUUUGUUAAGGCAGGUCCUAGAUUUACUCAGAAGAUGGGCCCCGGAGAGGAGGAGAGGAAAGAAAUAUCUGUCAGUCAAACAUGAAACCCACUGAUGACACUGCCUGGCAGAGCUGCCUCUGGUCAGCAGUUACCCUUCACCCCCCAGCUCCCAAGUCCUCUUCCUGAGGGAACCGGCCCUGCUUUAUGGAAGGCUCCACCUGUGUUCCGCACCCUGGGUCCAUGGUCCCUCACUUGUCACAUGGGACAAUGGUCACCCUCCCUCUCUGCCUGCCCUGCAGGAUACACUGAGAUGAAGGUCAGGAAAUCUACUGGCUGCAGAGCCAGGGGCCAUGCAGGAGUGAGGGACGGUCUGGUCAAGUUGAGGCUCUGCCCUCACCUCAGUUUCCCCACACAGGCAUGAGACUGUCUUCCUGACUCUCAGAGAACAGGGCUGAGAUGGGAUGAAGGAACACAGGGAAAGCAUUUAGCACCUCUGAGUGCUGUGUGGAUGCGACCUGGAGGGUCCUGGCAAUCCACUCUUUAAUUCUAUCUGGCCUGUGCAUCCUCCUACAUCCAGUUGCCCCGUGGGGGCCUUUCACAGGGCCUGGCUUGUGGAUGUGGGGUUUGGCGUAGGGCAGUGUUUCUCACAUGGGAAGUGCACUGGGAUUCUUCAGGUUGGGGUGGGGCCUGCGGUUCUGCAUUUCUAAUCAGUUGCCUGGGACUGGCUCUAAUUCUUGUUGAAUUUAGAAUCACUUGUGGAAUUAAGAAAAACAUACUGGGCCAGGCAUGGUGACUCAUUCCUGUAAUCCCAGCACUUUGGGAGGCCGAGGCGGGCAGAUGACCUGAGGUCAGGAGUUCGAGACCAGCCUGGCCAACAUGGUGAAACCCCAU